AGCAAUCAAAGAAAUAAAGACAUCAUGUUCAAAUACGCUGUCGUUGUCCUCGCUCUUGUUGCCUGUGCUGCUGCCAAGCCAGGACUUCUGGGUGCUCCUCUGGCCUACACUUCUCCACUGGCUUACUCCUCCUCCUUGGCCUACACUGCUCCUCUGGCAUACUCUGCACCUGUGGUGGCUGCUCCUGCUCCAGUUGUGACUGCCACCAGUAGCCAGGUGAUCGCCAGGAACUACAAUGGAAUCGCAGCUGCGCCAGUGAUUGCUCCUGUGGCUGCUCCCGUGGUUGCCAAGUACGCGGCUGCUCCUCUGGCGGCUCCUUUGGCCUACUCCUCCCCUCUGGCGUACACCUCCCCCCUGGCCUACUCCGCCCCUUUGAGCUACCCCGCUGCUCCUGCACAUGAGGAGUGGUGCGGGAACAGCGGCGUAGCUCAAAGGCGCGGAGUAAGCCAAGGGGGAGGAGUAUGCCAAAGGAGCCGCCAGAGGAGCAGCUGCGUAUUUGGCAACCACGGGAGCAGCCACGGGAGCAAUCACUGGAGCAGCGGCGAUUCCAUUGUAGUUCCUGGCGAUCACCUGGCUACUGGUGGCGGUCACAACUGGAGCAGGAGCAGCCACCACAGGUGCAGAGUAGGCCAGAGGAGCAGUGCCGUCGUUGUCCUCGCUCUCGUUGCCUGUGCUGCUGCCAAGCCAGGACUUCUGGGUGCUCCUCUGGCCUACACUUCCCCACUGGCUUACACUGCUCCUCUGGCCUACUCUGCUCCCGCUGCUGUGGUGGCUGCACCUGCUCCAGUUGUGACCGCAACCAGUAGCCAGGUGACCGCCAGGAACUUCAAUGGAAUCGCCGCUGCUCCAGUGAUUGCUCCAGUGGCUGCUCCCGUGGUUGCCAAGUACGCAGCUGCUCCUCUGGCGGCUCCUUUGGCCUACUCCUCCCCACUGGCGUACACCUCCCCCUUGGCCUACACCUCCCCACUGGCGUACAAUGCCCUCCCAGCUGCCGCUCCAGUUCUCCUCUCACGUAGCCAGUGGACAAGUUAUUGGCCAGCGGCAGCCGUCGCUGGAUGCGUGAUAUUUAAGAGUGGCCAAAAUGGAAUCAUCAUGUUCAAAUACGCCGUUGUCAUUUGCGCUCUGAUUGCCUGUGUGGCUGGCAAGCCAGGAUUGCUACAUGCUCCGCUGGCAGCUCUUCCCGCUCCUCUGCUGGCUGCUCCUGCUCCAGUUGUGACCGCCGCCAGUAGCCAAGUGGUGGCAAGGACCUUCAAUGGCAUUGCCCAUGCCCCGUUGAUUGCCCAAGUUCCGGUGGCACCUGCUCCAGUUUUGAGGACACUGGCUGCUCCUCUAGCUGCUCCUUUAGCUGCUCCUUUGACUGCUCCUUUGGCUGCUCCCCUGGCUGCUCCUGCUCCCGUUGCCUUCGCCGCUCCAGUUCCCGCUCCUCUGGCCGCCCCGAUCCUGAACAGAGUGACUCCGUUUGCUGCUCCCAUUGCCACUCCAUUUGCUGCACCCUACACCCAUCCCUAUGCCGCUCCCCUUUUGGCCAAAUACACGGCUCCACUGGCCUAUGCCCCAGCUCCUUUGGGCUAUGCCGCGCCCGCUUUGUGGUAAAAGAAAAAACAAGCACAUACACUCCAUUCGUACCCCAGGGAUUAAGCAACCGUUUGUGUGUUCAAUGACUGAUAGC